AUGGGGAAAACUGAACUUCUUUUCAGUCGUAAUAUGGAGGCCUCUAUUCAGUCCACUAUCAAGGAAGUGUGGGGUGUCCAGAAUAUUCAGCAUCAUGAUAAAUAUCUUGGUCUCCCCUCCUUUGUAGGCAAAUCCCGUUUUCAGUCCUUUAAGGCUAUUAAGGAUAGAGUGUGGGCAAAGUUGCAAGGGUGGAAAGAGAAGUUGUUGUCCCAAGCGGGGCGCGAGGUGCUGAUUAAAGCUGUUGUUCAGGCUAUUCCGACGUACACUAUGAGUUGCUUCCAACUCCCGAAAGGAUUUUGCAAAGACUUAGAAGGGAUGUUUGCACGGUUUUGGUGGGGUCAACGGGAUCAAGAGAGAAGGCUGCACUGGCUGAAAUGGAGUACUUUGUGUCAGUCAAAAUUCAAGGGUGGCAUGGGUUUUCGGGACCUCGAAUCUUUUAAUUUAGCUUUAUUGGCUAAACAAGGAUGGCGUUUACUGCACUCGCAUGGGUCUCUUUUUACUGCUGUGUUUAAAGCUAAAUAUUUCCCCAACUCUGACUUUUUAAGCUCGGCUUUGGGUUCCAAACCUUCAUAUGUGUGGCGAAGCAUAUAUGCAGCAAAGGCUGUGGUGCAAGCAGGUAGCUUAUGGCGUAUUGGUCAGGGCGACAAAAUAAAGGUUCGCACAGAUCACUAG